UGUCUCCGGCACCUUGACCGCGGCCUUCCUCCCGCGCCAUCUCUGCUUCACUUAGCACCCUCGGGCCUGCUGUUUGGUCUGCAGCACAGGCUGCCAGGUGGGACGCUAGGGUGCCUGCUUGAGAGGGAUGUGAGAAUCACGGGAGUAAAUGCUCAGAAAAGUACUAGACGCGUGGGGUGUGACACCUGUCACCGUGACCCUGCCGGGAGGUGAGGUGGAUGAUUCUGAGCCUUGUGCUAGGAGCCCUCUAUUCAAAGAGCUCUGUGAAGAGUUCCGUCUUCAGUGAAGGCUCUCCUCCUCUGGUUUGUAGUGGCGUAGCCUAGAUUCUGAGGACCUGUGGUGCACACUGUGAAGAGAGGAAUCAGCUCUCCGCCGUCUCAGCUCUCCUGCGCUGUCUGCCUUGAGGACUCUAACUACCUGGGCCUCCUACAUGACCAACUCCCCGACUCUCAUCGUGAUGAUCGGUCUGCCUGCCCGCGGCAAAACCUACAUGUCCAAGAAGCUCACCCGCUACCUAAACUGGAUUGGGGUGCCCACCAAAGUGUUUAAUCUUGGUGUGUAUCGGCGGCAAGCAGUCAAGUCCUAUCAGUCCUAUGACUUCUUCCGACACGACAACGAGGAGGCCAUGAAGAUCCGCAGGCAAUGUGCUCUGGUGGCGCUGGAAGACGUGAAGGCCUAUCUCACGGAGGACAGCGGGCAGAUCGCGGUGUUUGAUGCCACCAACACCACCCGAGAGAGGAGGGACAUGAUCCUCAACUUCGCCAAGGAGAAUUCCUUCAAGGUGUUCUUCGUGGAGUCCGUCUGUGAUGACCCUGAAGUCAUUGCGGCCAACAUCCUGGAGGUGAAGGUGUCCAGCCCAGACUAUCUCGAGAGGGACCAGGAGAACGCGAUGGAGGACUUCCUAAAGAGAAUAGAGUGCUACAAGGUCACCUAUCAACCCCUAGACCCGGACAACUAUGACAAGGACCUGUCUUUCAUCAAGGUGAUGAACGUGGGCCAGCGGUUCCUGGUGAACCACGUGCAGGACUACAUCCAGAGCAAGAUCGUGUACUACCUCAUGAACAUCCACGUGCAGCCCCGCACCAUCUACCUCUGCCGGCACGGCGAGAGCGAGUUCAACCUGCUGGGGAAGAUCGGCGGAGAGUCCAGCCUCUCCACACGGGGCAGGCAGUUUGCACAGGCCCUGAGGAGCUUCCUGGAGGAGCAGAAGAUCGUGGACCUGAAGGUGUGGACCAGCCAGCUGAAGCAGACCAUCCAGACGGCCGAGUGCCUGGGGGUGACGUACGAGCAGUGGAAGAUUCUCAACGAGAUCGAUGCCGGCAUGUGUGAGGAGAUGACCUACGCGGAGAUCAAGGAGCAGUACCCAGAGGAGUUUGCCCUGCGGGACCAGGAGAAGUUCCUGUACCGCUACCCGGGCGGGGAGUCCUACCAGGACCUGGUGCAGCGGCUGGAGCCGGUCAUCAUGGAGCUGGAGAGGCAGGGCAACGUGCUGGUUAUCUGCCACCAGGCUGUCAUGCGCUGCCUACUGGCCUACUUCCUGGACAAGGGCGCAGACGAGCUCCCUUACCUGCGCUGCCCCCUGCACACCGUCUUCAGGCUGACUCCUGUGGCCUAUGGGUGCAAGAUGGAGACCGUCAGCCUCAACGUGGAGGCUGUGGACACACACAGAGACCGGCCACCCAACAGCCUCCCCAAGAGCCAACCCCCUGUAAGGAUGAGACGGAACAGCUUUACGCCUCUGUCCAGCUCGGAUACGAUAAGGCGUCCACGAAAUUACAGUGUUGGCAGCCGGCCCCUCGAGCCCCUCAGCCCUCUCCAAGCCCUGGACGCGCAGGACGGGGCCGACAGGCCGAAGACCCGAGUCAGCAUUCCGGUGGACACCAUGUGGCCUAUGCAGAGACGCCCCACGACAGCACUCUUCAGCCCGAGGUCCUGAUGUGGGAGUCACUGAGAAGCAGGACAGCAGGGCUGACAGCCAAGCAGAAACUAGACAUUGGGACCAUCAGAGGCGGCCUAGGACAGUGUCACUGCCACCCUUCAGGCCUAGUGGCCUCAUUGACUUAUCUGAAAAACCCUUCCCCCAAAAUGAUGACCAACUUAAAGCCGUUCUUUCACUGUCUCUGCAGGGUGUGGCCUUGGCCAAGCUAGCCUCUCCCGAGACCGUCCCAAGGAGGUCCCCACGGGCCCCCGACCCUGGGCGGCUCCCCACAGCCUCCUGCCAGAAGUAAGGGACAGAAUCCCCUGAGACUACAGUCCUCUGGCUUCCCUCUCACAGUGAUGGGAGGGCAGGCAGUCACCUCUUUGCUUGAAGAAACUUUUCUUGUUCCAGAUCCUUGGGGGCAGGACCUGGUGUAGGACUUGCCCAUGGGCGCUCGUCCUGGGCUCUUGGAGUGUCCAUCCUCUGAGCUCUCAGGGCGCACUCUGCUCCCCUCCUGCUGGCAGGGAUCACACCCUGCCGGCUGUGCCAGGGGCAGGAAGGGAGCAGUGAGCAGUGUCUCUCCUACCAUGAGGCCAGAGAAGGCCUCUGUGGUAGCACUCUGGCGCAUGUGGUGACCUAGCUCACCUCUCCUCACCUGGGGGCCAGGUGGGGGCUCCAGGCCUCAGUGCUGCAGCCUCCUGGCUCAGAGGCCCCAGGGGACCAUGCGCUGGGUCUGCCAUGGCCAGGGGCAUGUCCAGCUCUGCUCCCAGGGGAGGUGUAGGCGCCUGAGCAUGCUGUGUCUUACAUGAGCUGUUUCCAUUUCCUUGCCGUCCACAGAAGCCCACUGGCCAGGCCAGGGGGUGUGGCCACUGGACAAUGCCAGAUGCCCUCCCCAGGCUGGUGAUGCCCACCCUGAGGCGGCUGAGCUGCGGGCAGCUCGGUACUCACCGCCAGGGUCUGGUCAGUGUGUCUAGUGGCCGCAGGCAAAACAAAAAUGGUCAAGCGCCUGUGGCGAUGGCUCCCAGCACGUAGCUUCCUGCUCCUGUGAGCGGUGGGCGGCUCACACUCACUCACUUAUUUAUUGCUCCAUCCAUCAGGGUGCUUCAGUCCCACGGUAGUGUCUGCAUGUCUCUAGUCAGACUGUGGGGUCUCUGUCAUCUGGGUUGGGUGAGGGCUCAGGGAGCCCAUGGUCCUGAGGCAGGUCACUCAAGGACACCAGCCGUCCUCCCUCGGGACUGGACCAUGCUGAGGCGGGGGCGGGGAGGGGGGUCUAAAUGUUUUCUCGCUCAUUUUGAGUAUAAAUGGAGAGAUGCAUUUCUGUGGAGGAGCCUAUCUCCUGGAUAAAUAAAAUGCUGAGAUGUGUGAGGAAUGCAUAUUGCUUCUGUAAUAAGAGAGGCAAUAAAAGUUAUUUUUCAUUAAAAUAAUAGUUUUAAAAUAAAAGUUCUUGCAAAAGGUC